CCGCCUUCUCUCUCUCUCUCCCUCUCUCCAGAUUUAUACAUACCGUAAUGCAGUUGGAGAAAUUGAGCACUCCAAAUCUGUUUUUUGGUUUGUAAAAAUGGCGGUGAAUUCGACCCAACAGGGCGUUGAGGUAACUUUAACUAUUUCUUUUUCAGCAAAGCCAAGAUUCACUUAAUGUUGUUAAAUUACCCGAUGAAGGAACCCCAGGUCCUCUGUGUGAAUCACAUUUAGAUAUGGUGAACCUAUCAAAUCUAAAUCUUGUGAAAACUCCAAUUCCAAUGGAUUCCCAAGCAAAUGGCGGAAACCAUGCCAACCUGAAGAAUGAUAGCGCAGAUGUUUAUGGCUCAUAUUGUUUUGCCAUAGAUAUUGACAAAGGAAAAAUUGAGGCACCUAAGUCCACUGAGGAAAUGAGUGGGAAUGUUAAGACGGAUGAUUGUAUAUCUAGUAUGUUUCAGAGAGAAAUUUCAUCACUGAUGGGAGGAAAGUUCAUGCAACUCUUGAUGAAUAACAACAUUGAGUUGCCCAAAUUUGCUUGCAAAGAUAAAUGUUUGACCGAGAAGGUAUAUGAUAUACCUAGCAACAGAUUGAGAAAAUACAAGCGCUCUGCAUCUUUUAAUUCAAGAAGAGUUGUUCUCCUUUUCUCAUUCCUGUCGUGCAUGGGGACUAUCAUACUCAUUUAUCUUACUCUAAGAGUUAGAAUGAGUGGUGAUUGGGCUGCUAAUGUUUAGUAUCUACUUCUCUUGUCUUCCCCAUCAUUUGUGAAAAGAGUGCUAGUUGUAUACUUUUGAAUGAGUAUCUUUCUUGAUUGUAUUUUAUGUAAACGUUCAAUGAGUAGGAAUCUUUCUUCAUUUGUACAUAAAGUUAGCAGUUAGUAUUCAAGCUGAUCAAUUUGAUGUGUA